UUUACUGUCGCAUGCGAUAGUCUCCGUAAAUCUCCGUGUCCCAUAAUAGUGGGAGAGUUCAUGUAAAAUUCUAAACGUUUCAUUUGUAAUUGCAAAUAAACUUGAGUAAUGGGUCAGUGGUAUACAAGCCACACAUGCAGUAUUUUAUCUUCAGUUAUAGUUUUGUUUCUUUUGCGAUGUUUUUCGGAAAAUUGUCUGUUUAACUGUGUCAUUAAUUGCGAAAUAAUUUGCAACACUUUUAUCCUAUAUAUUUGGUAUCUGUUUGGUUAUUUUCCGAUAGUUUGACUAAAAGUCGAUUUAUUGACGAUAGUAUUAUCGCGUGAAACUUGGUCAUAACAGCCGUCGAAUAAAAGGGGGUAAGGGUCGUCGUCUGCAGUACGCAUAAGAAUGUACUGGUGAAUUCCAGAAUAUUAAUAUCUUGCGACCCAGUAUUGCAAUAAUUCUCUCCUGUGUGCUGUCUUACAUGUACAUCAGUACUUCUACAGAAAAUGCGUACAUUUGAUUUUGAAUUUGUUUCUUCUUUAGGCUAUGGAAACACUACGCCGCAAACGACUACUGGCAAAGUACUUGCUGUUCUCUACGGCUUUUUCGGUUGUUCCGGUAGCAAUUAUUAUUACCAAUUGUUACAGAGAAAUGUUAUUACGGUCAACUUAAUACAUUUUAAUCUUCCCCGUGGCACAGGUGGAAUUUUAUUCUUCAAUUUAUUUCUGGAAAGAAUCAUCACGUUUCUCGCUUGGAUUCUGCGCAAUGUGCAUGCACGCCAUUUGAAAAGACGCGUCCGGAAAAAUUCCUUGAGUACAAGUCGUUCAUUCAAAUCGACAGCAGAAGAAAAGCCUACUUUGCCCGAUAUACUUGACGAUGAUGAUGGCAGCUUGAAUAUGGAAGAAUGGAAACCAAGUGUAUACUUGGUUAUGCUUUUUCUUUCAAUCGUAUGUUGUAUUAUAGCUUGUUGCGCUGCCACCGUUUAUGCUCCCCUCGAGGGUUGGAAGUACGUGGACGCGCUUUACUUUUGUUUUAUUAGCUUUACGACUAUCGGUUUUGGGGAUUUCGUUAGUACCGAAAAAUCACAUUACCCAUACGUUUAUUGGUAUCGUAUCGCUAAUUUCUUAUUCCUGCUGAUCGGCUGCUGCUGCACGUAUUCCCUAUUAAACGUAACAUCGAUUAUAAUAAAGCAGGGAUUAAAUUACGUAAUACGUAAGAUACAAUGCAGAAAUCAAGAAAUGGCUGCGUCGCAUUUACCGAGAAGGAAGUCCUACAUGUCUACAGUAUAUUUUUCCAAAAGAAGAGGAACCAGAGUAGCUGCGAGGGAUUCCUUUAAGGGAGAUGAUUCAGAUACAUCUAGAAGGAUGUCUGGAGAAUUGAUUUCUAUGAAGGAUUUUUUCUCAGCUAACAAUGUUUCUUUAAUUGUCAUGCAAAAACAAUUGCAUGAAAUGGCUCAGUCGCAGAAAGGAAGUUCAAUUGCGACAACAUCUAAUGCGGCUCAUAAGCCCGAUGCCGUUGGGCCUUUAGCUAUUGUCAGCGAAAAAUUUCAAAGCAAAGUUUCCAGGAAUAGAUAAAACAGGCUUUGAA